AUGGUGCCCAACUUGUCCAGGGUGAUCUUGUUGGCCUUAUUAGGCUCUACUGUCGCAGAGCAAUGUACUUUGAAUGCCUUUAAUGCAACCGUCGGAGGACAUGUACAGCCUCUCCUUCCUUUCUCGUUGCCCUGUUUCUCCAGCUACAAUGGCAAGCCGCUGCCUCGCGAUGAUGCCGCCUGCGCCGUCAUCCAGGCGAACUACUCGGACCCAUGGCUGCGAACCAACUCUCCCAGUGGUUAUAUGAACAACCAGGAUGAGAUGUGGGCAUCUGAUCCCACUGAUCAGUGUCUCCUCGACAGCAGUGAUCCCACAGAUCCCCUGGCGUACGCAGAUGCCGACUGCCGUCAGGGUAAUCUGCCCUCUCACUAUCUCGAAGUAAAGAGCCCAAGGGAUGUAAUUGAAGCUUUCAAGUUCUCCAACUGCUCUGGCAAGCAGCUCGUCAUCAAAAACAGUGGCCAUGACUAUCUCACCCGCAGCAGUGGACGUGACACGCUAUCUCUGUGGACACGUAACCUGCGAUCUAUGCAAUACAGUCCGGGCUUCGUCCCUCGCGGCUCCAAGAACGCCACUCGAUACAACGCUAUCACCGUCGGUGCCGGCGUCAACUUCGCUGAGGCGUAUGAAUUUGCACAAAAGCACAACGUCACGAUCCUGGGUGGCUACUCAGGCACCGUCGGUGUCUCGGGUGGCUGGGUUCAAAAUGGCGGCCACUCCAUCUUGAGUCCGGUGUACGGUCUUGGUGUUGACCGUGUGCUCGAGUACAAGGUCGUCACCCCAGACGGUGUCUACCGCGUCGCCAACGAGUUCCAGAACCCCGAUCUCUUCUGGGCCCUCCGCGGUGGUGGCGGUGGAACGUUCGGCGUAGUCCUCGAAAGCACCCACCUCGUCGAGCCUGCUUUUCGUUUCGUCUCUGCCAACAUCCAAUUCCCCGCCAACUCGACCAACAUGCUCCCAUUCAUGGAGAUUGUUGUCAAUAACACGCUCAAAUGGAGUCAGGAAGGAUGGGGUGGUCACAUCACCGGUAACACCCUCAUUAAUGUCUCUCCUCUGCUCUCUGUCGAGCAGGCCCAAGCUUCCCUGGCAAGUGUGAUUGCUUAUGCCAGAGCAAACGGCGGCUCCGCCACUAUCGAGGAGUUCACCUCUUGGUACUCUUUCUAUGAAAAAUAUGUUGAGUCCAGCUCCGUGGCAGUCGGCGUCACUCGCUUCCCCGGAAGCCGUCUGAUCUCCCGCUCCGUUUUUGAGACUGCCGAGGGUCGCUCGAACCUCAUGAGCUUCUUCACUACUAUCCAGUCACUCGGUCAAACACCGUACAUCCCUGUUGUCGGACCAGUAUUGUACAACUAUACUGAAGGCUCGACUAGUGCCGCUCCCGCCUGGCGCGAUGCUAUCUGGGAAUUGGGUUCUGGUGCUUCCUGGGCGUGGAACAGUACCGUUUCCACCCGCAUGCAGAAAAUCGAGUCUAUCCAGGACACCACCGCUAUUAUUGAGGGUAUCACGCCCGGUGGUGGUGCGUAUAGCAAUGAGGCCAACCCUUUCACCAUCGAUUGGGUUGAGUCAUGGUGGGGCGAUAACUAUGAGAAGCUGGUGAGCAUUAAGAAGAAGUAUGAUCCUGCUGGCUUGUUGAGUUGCUGGAAGUGUGUUGGCUGGAAGGAGUCGCAGAUUGCUGAUUCUUCGUAUGCUGCUCUGCUCUAA